CGCGCGAGGUGCAUGCCGGGACACAGCAAUCAUGGCGGCCCCCGUGAGUCGUGGAGGCCGCGCGGCUCUCCCGCGGGGAGGAGACUGAGGGGACCCCCCCACGAGAUCCCCCCGAGACCCCUGGGACCCCUUACAACUGCGGGACUGGAACCACCCUCUCCUACCCCCCCUCCUCCUCCCCUCCCCCCCGAGUUCAGGACCCCCGAAGAAACCCAGGACACCGACGGCUCCGUGGAUUCCCCGAAGGCCAUCGGGGUACAGAAACCGCGGAGUGAAAACCUCCACCGGAGACCUCCCUGAGGAGCCCCUCGAGUCGCGGAACGCGAGACCCCGAGACCUCCCCACCCCACCACCACCCCACCUCUCGAGGAAGGAGUAGGGGAGCCCGACGCUGAGACUCCGAGGACCUCCCCCCCCCCCCCUGCAUAACUGAGGAACCGAUAAUUAUUGUCUCUUUUAAAGGACCAGGGAUCAGGAUUCCCCCGGGACUAGGACGCGGAGACAUUGAGACUGGGGGCUUGAGGGCGCGAUAGGAACCCCGCAAACCCGAGGACGGGGGCUUAGGACCGCUUGGGGGGGGGGGGGUGAGGCAAGCGAGGCCCCCCUAAUACUGGGACCGUGAGGAAUCUCGCGCUUUCCAGGAUUCCCUCCAAUUCCCUCGGAUAGUAAACCUCUUCACCUCGUCCUCUUUCGACAUCACCUCUCUUCGUCCACCUCUUAUCUGCGUUCUCCCGAAUCCAACCUCCGUGCCACCGCUGCACUACCCGCAACUUCCAUUAAUCUCCGCGCCUUCCCCAAUGCUCGCGAUGGAGCGUUCCGGGGGUUCCUGGGUCUCCUUGGGUCCCAGCGAGGACGACGAACAGCAGCAACAACAACAGCAGCAACAACAGCAGCAGCAGCAACAACAGGAGCAGCAGGAGGAGGCGGCGGUCGUGGCGGUGGCUGCGGGGGCGGCGUCGACAGCGGACGCCGAAGUGCCGGGACCAGAGGCUGCGGCUGCCGCACUCCCAGACUGGCACAUUCCGCUCGCGCUCGCCAAGAAGCGACACACGGAGAAGAUCGAGGGAUCACGAGCGGCCACGCAGACCUGGCGCAUGAAGGACCGGAUGAAGACGGUGAGCGUGGCGCUGGUUCUGUGUCUCAACGUGGGCGUCGAUCCCCCGGACGUGGUGAAGACGACGCCGUGCUGCCGCCUCGAGUGCUGGAUCGACCCCCUCUCGCUGGGCCCGCAGAAGUCACUGGAGGCCAUCGGAACCAACCUGCAGAAGCAGUACGAGUGCUGGCAGCCACGGGCGCGGUACAAGCAGUGCCUCGACCCCACGGUGGAGGAGGUGAAGAAGCUGUGCAUGUCUCUGCGGCGCAACGCCAAGGAGGAGCGCGUGCUCUUCCACUACAAUGGGCACGGUGUGCCACGGCCCACCGUCAACGGGGAGAUCUGGGUCUUCAACAAGAACUUCACGCAGUACAUCCCGCUGUCCAUCUACGACCUGCAGACGUGGAUGGGCAGCCCCUCCAUCUUCGUGUACGACUGUUCCAAUGCCGGGAUCAUCGUCAAGUCCUUCCUGCAGUUCUCUCUGCAGAGGGAGCAGGAGCUCGAGACGUCGGUCCGCAACGCGACUCUUGCUUCCCUCUCUGCGGACUCUUCAUCCCAAGGCUCCUGUAAUGUGUCGACCAUCAGCCCGAGCCACCCGCUGUCGCAGGUGGGGAUGCCCCCGACGUCGAUGCGCGACUGCAUCCAGCUGGCCGCCUGCGAGGCGUCGCAGCUGCUGCCCAUGAACCCCGAGCUGCCCGCCGACCUCUUCACCUCCUGCCUCACCACGCCCAUCAAGAUCUCCCUGCGGUGGUUCUGCAGCCAGAGCAGUGGCAAGCUGGUGCCUGGUGUCACCCUGGACCUCAUCGAGAAGAUCCCCGGACGCCUAAACGACAGGAGGACCCCUCUGGGCGAGCUCAACUGGAUUUUCACGGCAAUCACCGACACCAUCGCGUGGAACGUCCUCCCUCGAGAUCUCUUCCAGAAGCUCUUCCGCCAGGAUCUGCUGGUGGCCAGCCUCUUCCGCAACUUCCUGCUGGCGGAACGCAUCAUGCGCACGUACAACUGCACGCCCAUGAGCUGCCCCAAGCUGCCCUCAAUGUACCACCACCCCAUGUGGCAGGCGUGGGAUCUUGCCGUGGACAUCUGCCUCUCCCCGCUGCCGACCAUCAUCGAGGACAGCAACGCAUUCAGGCUGAACAGCCCAUUCUUCGCCGAGCAGCUGACCGCAUUCCAGGUGUGGCUGACGAUUGGCGUGGAGAACAGGAACCCCCCCGAGCAGCUGCCCAUCGUCCUGCAGGUGCUGCUCAGCCAGGUGCAUCGCCUGCGAGCGCUCGACCUCCUGGGCCGCUUCCUGGACCUGGGCCCCUGGGCCGUGAGCCUGGCGCUAUCCGUAGGGAUUUUCCCGUACGUGCUGAAGCUGCUGCAGAGCUCGGCCCGGGAGUUGCGUCCCCUCCUCGUCUUCAUCUGGGCCAAAAUCCUGGCCGUCGACAGCUCUUGCCAGGCAGACCUCGUCAAGGAUGGUGGACACAAGUACUUCCUGUCGGUGCUGGCUGACCCCUACAUGCCCGCCGACCACCGCACGAUGGCCGCCUUUGUCCUCGCUGUAAUCGUCAACAACUACCUGACGGGACAGGAGGUGUGCCUGCAGGGCAGCCUGAUCGCCAUCUGCCUGGAGCAGCUGAACGACCCCCACCCGCUGCUGCGCCACUGGGUGGCCGUGUGCCUGGGCCGCAUGUGGCAGCACUUCGACGCGGCGCGCUGGUGCGGCGUGCGCGACUCGGCGCACGAGAAGCUCUACUUGCUGCUCUCCGACCCGCUGCCCGAGGUGCGCAGCGCGGCCGUGUUUGCGCUCGGCACAUUCAUCGGGAACUCGGCGGAGCGGAGCGACCAAGCCACCACCCUCGACCACAACGUCGCCAUGACCGUCGCUCAGCUGCUCAACGACGGCAGCCCCAUCGUCCGCAAGGAGAUGGUGGUGGCGCUGCACUACCUGGUGGUGCAGUACGAGGUGAACUUCUGCACGGUGGCGCUGCAGUUCCUGGAGGAGGAGCGCAACCACCCGGCGCUGUCGCCCGCCACCUUCGCAGACCCCCCCGGCAGCCUGACGCCGGCGCGCGAGGGGCUGGCGUCGUCGCGCCUGCGCCCCGUGAGCUCGUACGGCAACCUGCGCGCCAUCGGCAACGCGGCGACGGCCCGCAGCCUCAACAAGUCGCUGCAGAACCUCAGUCUCAGCGAGGAUGCUUUGCAGCGUGCUUGCGUGCGGAGUUUGUGUCGCGUGGACUCGGCGGCGAUCAAAGAGCGCGACGUCGGCGGCGGCGGAGCGAUGAUAUCGCCGCCGCUGAACAUGAGCGGCGGGAGCAGCAGCACGGCGAGCAGCCCUGACGGGGAGGAGCUCAUCCUCACGUACGACGCCGUCGACAAGAUGCGCCGCGUCAGCUCCUACAGCGCCCUCAACUCACUCAUCGGUGCGGGCAAGGGGAUUUCGUUUAACAGCGUGUACACCCAGAUCUGGCGCGUGCUGCUGCACAUGGCCGUGGACCCCUGCCCCGAGGUGUCCGACAUGGCCAUGCGGACGCUCAACUCCGUCGCGUGGAAGACGACCGUCAGCGGGCGACCUCAGCGCGUCUCCGAGUCGUCGCUGACCCACUCGGCGCCGGCGAGCCCCACCAACCGCACGCCGAUCGCCGCGGCCCACGGCAGCAGGUCCCCCCACCCACCGCCGCCCCCAACCCCUCACCCCCCGACCCCCUCCCACCCCUCCCACUGCGACCGCACGGGCGCCUUCCAGGGGGCGAGCCCGGCCGGAUCGGCGGGGGAGGGGAUCCCCGUCAGCGGCGGCCGCCACGGCUCGUGCAGCGGGCUCUCCACCAUCCCGCUCGGCUCCGGUCACGCGGGGGCGGCGACGGCUGUGGCGGCCGCUCCGUCUCCCCGCGAGUUGGCCGCGCAGCGGGGAGCCGUCGCGGCGCCGGGCGUCCAGUUCCCGGGGUACACUUACCAGUUCUCGCGCUCGCGCAAGAUGUUCGACAAGGGGCCCGACAAGGCGACCGAGGAGGGUGAGGACGGAGCGCUGCCCCACAGGCCGGCCGCCUGCCUCGCGCUGCACACCGGCUUCUGUGAGUGGAGUACCAAGUACUUCACGCAGUCCGUCAUGAAGUACCCGGAGGAGCACGACACGGAGUCGCAGAUCUACAAGGAGCGCGAGUGGCGGUUCAUGCGGAACGAGCGCGUGCGCUCUGACGCUCAACAGCUGCUCGGCAAAGGCAUCGCGCGGGUGGACGAGCAAAUCUUCAUCAACCGCAACCCCGGGGUCCCCGCCGUCGUCAAGUUCCACCCCUACGACCCCUACGUCGCCGUCGCCGACCGGGACAGCAUCUGUUUCUGGGACUGGGAGCGGCAGGAGAAAGUGGACUACUUCCACAACGGCAACCCCAAGUUGACGCGAAUCACCGCGAUGGAGUUUCUCAACGCACACGACGUGCCCCUGCUGCUCACGGCCGCCGACGACGGCGCGAUCCGGAUCUGGAAGAACUGUGCCGAGGGCGAGCGCAACCCGGAGCUCAUCUCUUCGUGGCAGGGCCUCUCCGACAUGCUGCCCUCCACUCGCAGUGCACGUGGACUCGCACGGAGACUCUCUAUCUUUCUCGAGAAGAGUAACCAGGGAGGUGCGGGCCUGGUGCUGGACUGGGAGCAGGCCACGGGGCUCCUCGUCGUGUCGGGCGACGUGCGCAUCAUGCGCGUGUGGGACACUGAACGGGAGAUGAAAGUGCAGGACAUCCCGACGGGCGCGGACAGCUGCGUGACGAGCCUGUCGUGUGACUCGGCGCUGCUCGUCGCGGGUCUGGGCGACGGCUCGGUGCGCCUCUUCGACCGCCGCAUGUCUCCUCACGACUGCCGGGUCCAGACCUUCCGUGAGCACGAAGCCUGGGUGCUUAAGGCCUACCUGCAGCGAAUCCCCGACGGCAAGAUCAUCAGCGCCAGCGUGGACGGGGACAUCCGGCAGUGGGACGUGCGUCUGCCCGAGUCUCUGAGCUGCACCACCAUGAGCAAGGGCCUCACCGCGAUGGACAUUCACCCGCAGGCCGACAUCUUUGCAUGUGGCUCCAUGAACCAGCUGAUUUCCGUGUACAACAUGAGCGGGGAGACGCUCAACAGCAUCAAGUACUACGACGGCUUCAUGGGCCAGCGCAUCGGAGCCGUCAGCUGCCUGGCGUUCCACCCGUCCUGGCCUCACCUGGCGGCCGGGAGCAGCGACUGCUACCUGUCCAUCUACUCGUCCGAGAAGAAGGUGACCCGAUAGGCGAGCGGGGAACGUCUUUCAAGCGGGAGCGCGGCAACUGGGGGAACUCGAGAUAUUUAGAGGGGAACUUUUUAACUCGCCAACCCCCCAGAACACGACCGUCUCGAGCCCGCGACCUUCAGUCGUGACACCGAUGCUGUAAAUUAUCGUUGCUGCCAUUACUUUUUGUAUUAGUACUACUGCUACGACUACUACAACAACGACAGAUAUCGCUCGUCGGAGUUCUGCGGAACUGUAACGGUGGCUGUUUUUCGCCUCUCAAGAUGCAAGGAGGAGGAGGGGGCGUCGUCUCUCGUUGGUUUGUUUAUGUCGCCGGAUGGAGUGGGAUCGUUGGCUCGCUGGCCUCCCCACACCUCUGCUGAACCCCCCCCCCCCCCCGUCCUCUGCCCUCCUUCGUAGUGGGGAAGGCGGGGGGGGGGGGCACCCGUCGUAGGGGAACUCUCCACGGGGGUUCGUUGCUGUACCCCACCCCGUCGGUUAUCGUCGUCGUCCUUUUUGUUAUCGUCGUUCGGAAAAAAUAUAUUUUGCGAGGUUUUCAUUCUGCCCCCUGCUAUGCAGCAAAAAAAAAUGGCAGUGAAUGCAUCGCAAACGACAAAACGAAUAGAUUUUUAUUUUACACGCGAUAGGGGAGACCCGGCGUGGGUGUCCGUCGUUUGCGAAUUUGCGGGAGAGCAUUGGGGGGAAACGCACGGCGUGGCGCGGCUAUGGCGGAGUCUCGCAUCCUUCAACGCUGGGUUUCCAAAAACAAAAGUGCUGCUGCCGCCGCCCCCUCGAUGCUCCCCACCCCCCCCCCUCGCCCACCCCCCCCCCCCACCGCACUGACCAGCGUGAUAAAGUACGGUCGAAUAACCCCCCCCACCCCCCAUCCCUUCCGCACGACCCGCACGGAUAGGGGAGGGCCCUCAUCCAGCAGCGGCGUCACUAGAGGCAAGUACGUGUACAUACGGAUACAAAACAUGCCAUUCGUUCUCGUUUCACUACGUCGUCAGCGCAUUUAUUUCAGAAUUUUUUUUUUAUAAGGAUAUGUAAUUAUUCGUCCUGGAGUUGGAGCGGGCCUUAAUUUUUGUUUUGAAAGCAGGUAUAUAUAUAUUUUUUUGCCCGUCUUGCUUUUCCAAACGCCGUUUUGUUUUGCUCGAAUAAACGACAUUUACUCGA